AUGGCGCAGAAGCAGAAGGAGAAGCAGCAGAAGGCUUCUACUGCAGCAGCUGCUGCAGCAGCGGCGAAGGAAAGCAUUGUGCCAGCUGAGGAAGAGGAUACCGGCACAUAUACGGUUGUCGACAAGCUUGAGCAGUUCGGAAUAGCGGCAGCCGACAUUCGAAAGCUGAAAGAAGCAGGCUUCAACACAUUCGAGGCGAUUGCUUAUGCGCCACGCAAGGAGCUUAUCGCAAUCAAAGGAAUUAGCGAACAAAAAGCCGAAAAAAUUUUCACUGAAGCAGCAAAAUUGGUUCCAAUGGGUUUUACGACGGCCAGUGAAGUUCAUGUGAAACGCUCCGAAAUUAUACAGAUAGGCACAGGAAGCCGAGAAUUGGAUCGCCUUCUUGGAGGUGGAAUUGAGACAGGCUCCAUCACCGAGAUAUUUGGAGAAUUUCGCACGGGCAAAAGUCAGCUGUGUCAUACUGUGGCCGUUAUGUGUCAGCUGCCGGUGGAUAUGGGAGGUGCUGAAGGGAAAUGUCUUUGGAUUGAUACUGAGGGUACAUUUCGCCCUGAAAGAUUACUUGCCGUUGCUGAAAGACAUAAAUUAUCUGGUCAGGAUGUCCUGGAUAACGUUGUGUAUGCGCGAUGCUAUAACACUGACCACCAAAUGCAGCUUCUUAUUCAAGCCUCUGCUAUGAUGGCAGAAUCAAGAUACGCGCUACUUGUUGUUGAUAGUGCAACUUCGUUGUUUCGUACGGAUUUUUCGGGACGCGGUGAACUUGCUGCUCGUCAGAUGAUGCUUGCCAAAUUUCUCAGGAUGCUUCUGAAGUUAGCGGAUGAGUUCGGCGUUGCCGUCCUUAUAACAAAUCAAGUCGUCUCGCAAGUGGAAGGAGCCUGUGGAAUGUUCCAAGGCGAAACAAAGAAGCCAAUUGGAGGCAAUAUUAUUGCUCAUGCGUCUACUACCAGGCUUUAUUUGCGUAAAGGUCGUGGGGAAACUCGCAUUUGUAAAAUCUACGACUCGCCAUGUCUUCCAGAAAGUGAAGCAGUUUUCGCGAUCACCAAGCAUGGUAUUGAUGACGCUACAGAUUAA